CGUGUGGUGAGCAGGUAGCAGGCGACCAUGGCAGCUACUGCAGUAUUAUGUUACUCUAGGCUUAGUUUUCUUCGAUUUAACUUCCAGUAUGCGAGAACAGCAGCGGUAAACUAAAUUGUUUUCAUAAGAAUAUAAGAAAGGAGAAGCACUGUAGUAGGCCUACUGGCUCAUGCUAGGCAAGUCCACGCAUGCACCUACACCCACUCAUGUACCUGUCCAUCUUAUAUUUAAUGCUACCCAAAGAUCUUGCCUCAUUGAAGCUACCUGGAAGUCUGUUCCACUGAUAUACAACUCUGCAAGUCCUGUCAUGAGUUACUGGGCUCGUCAACACUCCUCGUGCAAACGGCAAACUCAGGUGGUGCCUGGGUGGCAUCCAUGUAGCAUUUGUAUACCAAGGAGUAAAUGGGUGCUAUCACGGAAGCACAGAGCAGACAGGCCUUUUCAUACUACAGCUGUAGGUCACAGACUUGUCUCCUUCCUCUUGGCUGAUAUUGGUGAGGGCAUCAAAGAAGUAGUCAUCAAGGAAUGGUUUGUCAGUGAGGGAGACACAGUCGCACAGUUUGACAGCAUUUGUGAGGUGCAGUCUGAUAAGGCUUCUGUCACCAUAACUAGUCGUUAUGACGGUGUGAUUCGUAAAUUAUUCUACGAUGUUGAUGACACAGCUUUUGUUGGAAAGCCACUUGUAGACAUUGAGGUGUCCAAGGAAGAUGACUCUGUGGGAGCUGAGGUACAGGAAGGGGAAGCUAUAUCUGUGGGCCGUCCUGUGGAAGGUGCAGUAAUAGAGCCAGGCAACUUCACACUUCCAACUGGAAAAAUCCUUACAACCCCAGCUGUAAGAAGAAUUGCUAUGGAAUAUAAGAUUGACUUGUAUGAUGUUCAAGGCACAGGGAAAGAUGGGAGAAUACUGAAGGAGGAUUUACUGCAAUACAUAGAGAGAAAAAAGAGUGGAGUUAAAGCACCUGUGUCUUCAACUCCAACAUCUCCCACAGUUGCAACAAGACAGACAGCAGCACCCACCCCAGCUUUGCAAGCCCCACCCACUCUGCCACCUUCCAUACCAGUCUUCUUAGGAGAGGACAAGGAUGAAACUAUCACAGGCUUCCAAAAGGCUAUGGUUAGGAGCAUGACCCAUGCCAUGAAAAUUCCCCACUUUGGUUAUUGUGACGAGAUUGACAUGACUAUUCUGGUUAACAUGCGUAAAGAACUGAAGGCUAUGGCUCAAGCCCACGGUGUUCGCUUCUCCUACAUGCCUGUGUUCAUCAAGGCAGCAUCAAUAGCCCUUUCUCAUUUUCCAGUUCUUAAUUCUUCAGUGGAUGAAAAAUGUGAAAAUAUAAAAUAUAAGGCAAGUCACAAUAUUGGUGUUGCCAUGGACACCAGUGAAGGACUGAUAGUACCCAAUGUGAAGGGUGUGCAGCGCCUCACACUGCUUGAAGUAGCCGCUGAGCUGAACCGUCUGCAAGAGCUGGGAUCACGUGGGGCUCUAAAAACUCAGGACAUUACGGGUGGCACCUUCACGCUCUCUAAUAUUGGUUCAAUUGGUGGCACUUAUGCCAAGGCUGUGAUCCUUCCUCCAGAGGUUGCUAUCGGUGCUAUUGGCAAGAUUCAGGCUUUGCCAAGAUUCGAUGCUGCCGGUAAUGUAACCAAAGCACAUAUAAUGCAGGUUAGCUGGUCAGCAGACCACCGCAUCAUUGAUGGAGCAACAAUGGCACGUUUCUCCAACCUCUGGAAAUCAUUCCUUGAAAAUCCAGCAACAAUGAUAAUGCAUUUGAAGUGAUAAGGUAUAUUUUUCUAAAUAGUGAAAUGAUGACUCAAGGGUAAGAGUAUUAAAAUACUGUAUAUAAAGAACUUCAAGUGUUUAUACAAAAAAUUAUGUAGGGCAAUUUGUAUUCAUUUGAAUUGUAGUACUCAUUUUACAAUGCGAGAUAAUUGUGCUAGUGGGUUUUGUCCUUUGAGGAGUAGGCAGUAUGCAGUCGGGUUAUAAUUUCAGCUGUGUGCCCAAGUAUUUUGUCAUCUUGUGUGUUGCAAGUAUUGCAAUAAUGGUAACAUGACUGCCCUGUAUUUGAUAGCUGGUGGGGUGUUGUACCAUCCAUUACUACCUGGAGCUAUGUAGAACCAACUUCCAGUCAUUUUAUAAUUGGAAGGCAUCAUUAGUGUCUUGCCUUCUCUUUUGUUUUUUAAAUAUUGGCUAUUUCCUGUCAUGGCAAGGUGAGCCAUAUUAGUUGCCUCCCAAGAAGGGCACAGACUGUGUUCUCCAGUGUGGUGGCCCACAUGAUCCCUACCAAAACUUUCAAAGUGCAGGAACUGUAUGUCCCAACCUUCAAAACAAAAUUCAUCUUUAGACUAUUACAACUUUGUAGUUGUGGUUAAUAUGUAAAAACAACUAAAAAUCUAUAUACAGCAGUAUAUACUAUUUGUAGUUUUAAACAGACCAUACCACGGGCAGGAAUUGAACGCCUGUCAUUACAAUUUCACAAGUCUUGUAGUUUUAUCAAUGGUAGAGCACUGUCAAAAUUAAUGACAUGUAUAAACAUUAGAUUUUUAUUAUUUUUGUGUAUAUACCAGUAAGGAAUAACUUCAGUGACUUAGGAAUUGCCAUCAGACUUGUAAUAUAGAAUAUGUGGGCUAAGUUUGUUCAGGAAAAGGGAUAAAAUGCAUUCCACUGGCCUUCCUUUGGGGAAUAGUGUAGUAUAUUUUUUCCUGAUAAAGUUUAGCAAAAUUAGAUUAAUAGUGAAUCUUAUAUUUAUGUGGAAUGACUACCACAACUAUGAAAAAAUUAAUUAUUGGUACAAAUAUAAGGAAAAAAAUAUUAACUUCAUAUAGGUUUUCACCCAAUAGUGGUAUCUCUUGAGAGUCUUUAAAUAACAUUCUCCUGAAAGAUAAGUUCAUGCCAGUGAGAGGGCUCUUAAUACGAGGAUUUGGAUCUAUCCUCCCCUUCUUGAAUUGAACCUGUUUACCUCCUAUUCCCCAUGUGCUGUAUGACCAGAUGGAUUGAAAACAUAUCACCAGCUGUGUUGUUUGCCUCCUGAUUGUACUUACUUCGCUACAUACCAUGGAUAAUAAUGCUUCUUAAUUUAGCUAGUAACCCAUAAUUUGAAGAGGAAACCAAUAAUAUUUUGAUCCAUCCUUGACCAUCAGGUCAAAGCUGAAGGAGAAAAUGGGGACAGACAAAAAAUGUGAAGAAAAGGCUAAAUUAAUCUCUUAACAGGACUUUUCUUCUGCUUGUCUCCCUUAGUCUUGCUUUGAUUAGGAUGGAUCAUUAUCUAAAUUUAGAGUUCACAGUAAAUUGCUCUAAUCAUGGUAUUGUGACUACUUCACACACCUUAAACCCUGAAUGCUAAUGAUACUGGGAUUGUGUGCAUCAUGAAUAUAAUGAUAUUACAUGAACACCAGUCCGUUUAAUUUGGCCAUUCUUUUAUAGAAUUUUAUUUAAAGUUUUUAAUUUAGUUAAAGUGUACUAGUUCAGUAUUUCUUAAGAAUAAUAAUCUUAACAAUAAUCUUGGGGAUUUUUCUUUCUUUUUUGGGUCACCCUGCCUUGGUGGGAGAUGGCCGACUUGUUGAGAAAAAAAAAAUAAUCUUGGGAAGUAUGUGAGAAAUAUUUUACUUUAUUCCAUAAAUAAAAUGCUCUAAGCCCAUUGAGAACCAUACAUUAUAAAAAAAAAAUUGUUAAUGGGGAAGACAUAAUCUAACUAUUUAAACCAAAGAAAAUGUGGGAUGGUGCUUGAAGAAAUAAGUACAGUUCAUAAAAGCAGGCCUACCCAGAUUUAGUGGAGGCAGGUGGUAAGAUGUAAUAAUGGUAUAUUCAUGGGAAGAUGCUAAACCUGUACGGGUCACUGGCAGGGAAAUGGAUGGUAAUCAUGUUUGAUCUCAAGGAGAGGGUAGUAGUUCCAAUUCCUUGUAUAAAGGUCUUUAGUAGCAUCACAGCUCCUCUUACAGGGAGUGGCAGUAUAUAGAAAAUAUUAAUGAAAAUUAAAUAUAUAAAUGGAAGUUUGGGCAGUGGUUAACUUCAGUACAUUGAAUGUUGCCAGACAGUAUGUCAAUUUUGCUGUGUUCAACACAGUUGAGUUGUAGGAUUUUUGCAUAUUAGUUUUGUGACUGUAGUAGAAAUAUUUUAUACAGUUUUGUAUAGAUUUCAGGCACUCCUCAGUGGAAUGUAAAAAAUAGGCAGUGUAAUGUUAUUUCAGACAUUGUAUAGUACUUUAUUAUACUUGCACUCGUCACUCAAAUUAUUUUAUACUAGUAAAUAACUUUUUCUACUUAUA